AUGGCCCAAUCUCUGGUAUUCACGGUGAGAAGGCGUGCACCUGAACUUAUAACACCUGCAAAACCAACACCUCAUGAAACCAAAUUACUUUCAGACAUUGAUGACCAAGAUGGUUUACGUUUACAAAUUCCAGUUAUACAAUUUUACAGCUAUGAUCCAAAUAUGAUAGGGAAAGACCCUGUUGAAGUUAUUCGAAAAGCAUUGGCAAAAACACUUGUGUUUUACUAUCCAUUUGCAGGCAGAUUGAGGGAAGGUCCCGGUAGGAAACUUAUGGUUGACUGUAAUGAAGAAGGUGUAUUGUUCAUUGAAGCUGAUGCUGAUGUUACUCUUAAACAAUUUGGUGAUGCUCUUCAUCCUCCAUUUCCUUUAUUGAAUGAGCUUCUUUAUGAUGUUCCUGGUUCUUCAGAUUUGCUUAAUACUCCACUGCUGCUUGUUCAGGUAACACGUCUAAAGUGUGGUGGUUUCAUUUUCGCGCUUCGUUUAAACCAUACAAUGAGUGACGCGCCAGGUUUAGUUCAAUUCAUGAGCGCCUUAGGAGAAACAACUCGCGGAAUGGACAAACCUUCAAUCUCACCAGUGUGGUGCAGAGAGCUUCUAAAUGCAAGGGAUCCACCAAGAGUGACGUGCACUCACCGUGAAUAUGAAAGAGCGCCCGACAAAAAAGAAAACCUCAUUCCCUUCGAUGACAUGGUUCACCACACUUUCUUCUUUGGUCCUACUGAGGUAGCUGCAAUUCGCUCUCUUCUUCCACCUUGCCAACGACAACAAUACUCGAAUUUUGAAAUCAUCGCCGCUUACUUUUGGCGUUGUCGUACUAUAGCAUUACAACUAAAUCCUAAUGAAGAAGUUCGUAUAAUCUGCAUUGUCAAUGCGCGGAGCAAACAUGUAAACCUACUGCUACCAAAUGGUUACUAUGGUAACGCUCUAGCGAAACCUGCUGCAGUUACAACUGCAGGAAAACUAACUGAAAAUCCCUUGGCGUAUGCUUUGGAUUUAGUUAAGAUGGCAAAAGCAAAUGUCACACAAGAGUAUAUGCGUUCAAUUGCGGACUUAAUGGUCAUCAAGGGUCGACCUGGUUAUACAGUGGAGGGAUUGUAUCUAGUUACUGAUGUGACACGUGCUGGAUUUAGAGAGGUAGAUUUUGGUUGGGGGAAAGCUGUUUAUGGAGGACCGGCUAGAACAGGAGAUGGUGGUAUUGCUGGCUUUCAUAUACCUUUCAAAAAUGCUAAAGGGGAGGAUGGUUUGAUUAUACCAUUUUUUCUCCCAUCUCAUGCCAUGGAGAGGUUGAUAAAAGAGACGGAUAAUUUACUUAAGAGAAACAUUAACCAGCUUACUAAGAAUAAUCCAAAAUCUGGUAUCACUAUUUCUUCAUUGUAGUCCAUAAAAAAUGUUUGUUUGAAUUUUCUUUGUAUCCCAAACCACUGUUAGAAGCUAAUAAUUUAGUGUUUUAAGUCUAUAUUUGACUAUAGUAUGUUCGAUCUAGUUGAACUGAACUGUAGAGUCAGCUGUAUUCGACAAAGUCAAAUACAUCGUAUAAUUGUU